UCAUGUCACUGGCUGUGUGCGGUGACAAUCAAGAAUAAUACAAUACGUCAUCGCGGUGGGAUAUGCGAUUGGUCGGCCGUCCUGCAUAAUCUCACCACCGACUAGCUGGGGUUUCGGUCACCAUGUUGGAUCAAUUUCUUAUCCCAGUUGCCUUGUGAACAAUACUUGUAUCAUGUCAGCGGAGCCCAAAGUGUAGAGGUUCAACCAGAUCGCUUCCUCUUCCUCUUCCUCUGUUGACAGCAGCAGGACGCACCACCGCCGGAACCAGGGGGACGGCUGUUUCAUGUGGACACUUUUUACCUAGCUCUAAGCUCCUGGCAGCAGUAGAAUCUAGACCGCAUUGAAACGUCUUAACUUUUCCUCGCAUUGAUAUUUAAUCUACCUGGAUGCCUGCUUAUGAGCCGCACGAGGACAGAGUGAAGUGUUCUGAACACAAGGCUGUGGAUGGAGGAAUUAAGUUGCAUGCUAGCUGCGAUGGUUUCUCUUGUCAUGGUUUAAAUCAAGAUCGAUGCUUUGUCAGUUGGUCCGAAUGGUCGGGGUUUGUUUCCAGGCCCGCGGCUCGAUGGAAGGGAAUAAUGAGAUGUGAGUGGAGUGAACGGCUAAGGCCGGGGCCUGCCUGCCUGCUUACGUACGCUAUUGUAUUGUGGCCUGGGCUGGGAAACGCCUCCUCUGCACCGGAUCAGGAGCGUUAAUUACGCCUCGGAGAUAACCCCUGUUUACAGAGUCGCUGUCUGGCCCGCACACACGUUUGAAAGAAGAUUCAGUUUGAGAUAGUAGAUGCGAUUUUCAAAAGUCGCGGAUCCCCGGUGGUGGUGGGCAGAGUACGGCGCUGGACCAGAGGCUGUGACAAACUUUGAAACUAUUAAAAGAUGAAUGCUCUGCUUCCCAUGUGACAUGAUCUAGAUCAAACUGCUAUAUCAAACCAGGGAAGCUGGAAAGCUGAAUUUAAUAUGGAGGGAAGGGCGGGGAAACCUCUGUCAUGAGUGACAUUUAGGACUUUUUAUUUAUUGUGGGAGGUGCGGGUUGUUUUCUAUUAAAUCUUUUUGAAUUAUCAUUGUUCAUAGUGGCACUUGUAGGCCUGCACACAUUUUAGAUUUUGCUGCUUAUGAUGCAUUAUGUCAUUAGCCCCAGAAACUGUAGUUUAAUGUCCAGAACAACCUUAUGAGGAAGUAUCCCUGUUGACAUUAUGAGUAAGAGUAACAUCAGAAAGGUUUCCCUCCAUUUGCUUUUGAAGUGUUGGAUCAUUUAAACUCCAAAUCUGUUUGCUAUAUGUUUUCAAUAAGUUUCAUUAACUGCUGUGGUAGCCACUCUUAGGAACGGAUUCUAAACCUAAGCAUUUCAGCAUCUUGAAUGGCUCUUUGCGGCACAACUGCUUCAAAUGUUCCAAAAAUGAUGGCUGCUUACAAUGGUGGCUCCUCAUCAGUGGCUGCCCAUCACCCGCAUCACCACCACCAGCUCCAGCACCUUCCACCCCCGCACAUGCACCAUCACCACCACACAGGCCAGCAUCAUUUGCAGCACCCAGGCUCUGCUGCGGCCGUGCACACAGUCCAACAACAUGCAUCCACAGUUGCUGCUGCAGCUGUAAUGCUCAACCCUGACCAGCAGCAACCCUACUUUCCCUCUCCUGCCCCUGGACAAGCUCCUGGGCCGGCUGCAGCUGCGGCUCCCGUCCAGGUGCAGGCCACUGCUGCUGUCAAAGCUCACCACCAUCAGCACCACCAUCAUCAGCAACAACAUGCCCACCACUUACAACAGCAGCUGGAUAUAGAGCCUGACAGACCCAUUGGCUAUGGAGCAUUUGGUGUUGUUUGGUCAGUGACUGACCCCAGAGAUGGAAAGCGAGUUGCUCUCAAAAAGAUGCCCAGUGUCUUCCAAAAUCUUGUUUCUUGCAAGAGGGUAUUUCGGGAGCUGAAGAUGCUAUGCUUCUUCAAACAUGAAAAUGUUCUCUCUGCUCUGGACAUACUACAACCUCCACACAUUGACUACUUUGAAGAAAUAUAUGUGGUGACUGAACUGAUGCAAAGUGACCUUCAUAAGAUCAUCGUUUCACCACAGCCUCUGAGCUCAGACCACGCCAAAGUUUUUCUUUAUCAGAUUCUACGAGGACUAAAAUACCUUCAUUCUGCUGGAAUUCUACACCGUGACAUCAAACCCGGCAACCUCUUGGUCAACAGCAACUGUGUGCUCAAGAUCUGUGACUUUGGCCUGGCUCGAGUGGAGGAAUCAGAUGAAUCACGGCACAUGACUCAGGAAGUGGUCACACAGUAUUACCGAGCUCCAGAGAUCCUCAUGGGUAGCCGUCACUACUCCAAUUCUAUUGAUAUCUGGUCUGUGGGCUGCAUCUUUGCUGAGUUGCUGGGGCGACGCAUCCUCUUCCAAGCACAAAGUCCCAUUCAGCAGCUGGAUUUAAUCACUGACCUGUUGGGGACUCCUUCUAUGGAGGCGAUGAGGACAGCAUGUGAAGGUGCUCGUGCUCAUAUUCUCAGAGGACCUCACAAACAGGUAACCAUUCUGCCAUCCCUUCCGGUUCUGUACACACUGUCGAGCCAAGCAACCCAUGAAGCAGUCCAUCUCCUCUGCAGGAUGUUGGUGUUUGAUCCGUCAAAGAGGAUUUCAGCCAAGGAUGCCCUGGCUCACCCUUAUUUGGAUGAGGGUCGACUGCGCUACCACACAUGCAUGUGCAAAUGCUGCUACACCACAUCCUCUGGCCGUGUUUACACCAGUGACUUUGAGCCUGUCACAAAUCCAAAGUUUGAUGAUGGCUUUGAGAAGAAUCUGAGCUCUGUCAGACAGGUCAAAGAGAUUAUUCACCAGUUUAUUUUGGAACAGCAAAAGGGCAGUCGAAUACCACUCUGCAUUAACCCUCAAUCAGCUGCUUUCAAAAGCUUUAUCAGCUCAACAGUGGCUCAACCUUCUGAAAUGCCACCAUCUCCUCUGGUGUGGGAAUAGCUGUUUCCCAAUGGACAAGCUGCUAAACUCGGAAGAAGAGAGUGUCUCAACGUCAUCUUCCAUCAUCUGCGUAGCAUUCCACUGGAUAGCAGGAUUGCAAGUUUUGCUGUGAAAAAAAAGAAAGGAAAUCCACUGGGAUUUUGCGGGGUUUAUUAGAGGUUUGGUGUGAACAUAAAAAAUGAAGUGAAAAUGAAGCAAAUGAAUAUGUUUGAAAUUAGUCAUUCUGGGUACUCCCAGUUAAAUUAGCUCCAGCACGCACUGCACGUAUAAUGAAGUCCAUUUGUUUUGUUAUAUACGGUAUAAAUACAUUUAUUUUACAAUUUCUUCUAUCCCAUACAAUGAAGCUACUCUGCAUCAUUAUGGCCACCUUCACCUCUGGAGCAGCUGUAGGCACAAGAAUUUUAUAACUAAAGUUCCCUGUAUUGUAUUUAUAGUGUCUGCCAUAACAUUGUCCCUUCCUCUCUUUGUUUGUGCUCAUAUAAGUCUAAAAUUGCCAAAGAUCAGUAGCCUCAUGUAUGAUCAAUGCAUAAACCAAGAAACAAACAUGAACAUUAUGAUUGUGUGGUUUGGGAUUAGCAACAUAUUUCAUUUAAAUUUCUUUAGUUAGUCAUUUAAAUAAAAGUCAGUGCUCGCUGAUCAAUUUAAAAUGUCCAGAAUUGAACAAGAGUUACAUUUGGUUUACAGGUCAUGUUGGUGGGACAAGUUACUGUAACUUAUGUUACUUUUACUGAAAACAGUAAUAUCGUGAAAGGAGAAGAUGUUUGAGUACGUGGUGUGUAACAGGCAGACGGAGGGAGAAUUUUUCUGUGUACCCGUAGAGAGACAUUAAUGAGGAAGUGGAUUUUGGACCAAUCACAAAAAAAAAAAAUCUCCUUCCAUUGGCCUCUUACCCACCAUGCUGAAGUCUGCUGUCCACCCUGCUGUCAUAACAUCCCCUUUGCUCGUUGACAAAACCUUUUCGUUCACACUCCAAAACUGCAUGUGUAUCUUUGUUGUCACAACAUUAACUUCCCACCCCCCAAUUCUUAUCUCAAAAAAGGUGGAGGUUGAGAAAAUUUUCAGUGUUACAGCACCAAACAAUCAAUAAAUUAUCCAUUACAAGCUUAGAUCCCCUAGUGUCCAAAAUGGAUAGAUUCUGUUUUAAACAGCAGCAAGUAGUAUAUCAAUAUUAUCUUCAGUGCAUACUUUCAUUACUGCUUCCCUUUGCUCUAACCAUAAAAUUAGCUUUAUUGCAAAGAACUACUUCUGGCUAGUUUUAUUUGUGCCUUACGUCAGCAUCAACAUUAUUAUAGAAGCAUUUAGCAAGUCACAUACCACUUUAGUUCUUAUAUGUCACUUCUUAUCUUCAUUUGUCAGUUUGUCAUAUUUCCCUGCUGGUGUCUUUCCAUGUAGAAUACACAUUCAGUCAGUUCACAGUCUGCAAAACCUCAGGCAGAAACUUAUAUACGUACAACAUGACGAGUUAAUUAAUAAACAGUAUAUGUUUAAUAAUGUAAAAGUUUUACAUACUCGUACACUCUACAUGGUGUUAGGACAGUGGAUGUAUGCAUGUACUGAAUUCAGUGAUGGAUGCAUACAAAUUUGACAUGAGGUCCCAGAAUUGUAAUAAAGAUUAGUUCUCCCAAAUUUGUGAAAUGGAAAAUAAUGAACCUUUUAUUAAAUUGGCAAUGAGUUUAAGAAUAGGUUUGGACUAAAAGCACUGCUUCCAAAACAGACAACACAACUCAAGUGUCUUCAGAAAGUGUAGUUAUUUACUGCUCCUUUGAAGGGCAAAGGAGCAGAAGAAGAAAUGCUACAAUGCUGUUACUGCCCCCCCCAUCACUUGUACAGUUACAUGUUCCUGUCAGCCUGUUUUUUUCCUUCAUUAAGAAAUGUGUGUUUUCUAUUUCUGUGCCUGCUCGGACAUCUAUUUGCAUACUCACCAAAAAAAAUGAGCAAAAUUUACCCUAGUGUGAAAAAAACAGAUUUUUAGAGAAAACGAAUAUUGAAACUACACUACAAUGAGUGUUCUCUGUAAGCUUUGCUUGACUCCCUCUAUGUACAUAGCACCUGAAGUUGAAAAUUGACAUCUAUAGUCUCUUGGUCAUCAUAGUGGUAUAAGUCUCCUCUAUCUGGGUCUUACUUUUGUAAAUCUGGCCAUCCAUUCUAUUGUAUGACAACAUUUUAGUUGUGAUGUCCUGUUGGCAAGUUCUCUCCAAUUUGAGCUAGAGUUGGGCAGGCUGUAACUGGGACAUUUUAUUCCUCUUUUUUCAAUCUACAUUGACUGUUUUAAAACAGUGUUUAUGAAGCAACCUCACAAGUGACCAUGCCUCUGGGACCUACUCUUUUGCUGGCUUCACUUCCCUUUCACUUCCCCUUUCAGAACUGGCAUGUGAUCCAGUCACAAUGCAACAGCUCUGAGUAACUGUGUUCAAGUGCCCAUCUGUCAACCCAUUGUCGUUUCAUUCUCUGUUGACAAAUAAGACAUAGUCUACAUUAUUUGGAGGCAGUAGAACAUUAUGCAAACAGAUGCGGUCACAAGACAAUAGAUCGCUAUUUGCAGCUGGUUUGGAAACAUGAACAGGGUUGUUUGUUGCGCAUGCAUGAUGAUAUGAGAAAAUGUGAAACGGAUGUCUUAUCAAAGUGUCACAAGCUGCCCAAAGCACCUCCUAAUAUGUUCUGAGUGAUCAGAUAUAAAAUGCAUCCUUAGUGUGUGUUUGGUGUUUACUCCUCUUGCCACUUGUAAUCAGAUCACCCAGGACACGUGUUACCAGGUCUGAAUCCUAAUUUAAUGGGAUUAGACUGGUGGUUAGUUCGAACCCCUUCUGGUAUCUGUCAGCACCACAUUUAAACCCUUAGCCUAUCCAUUGCAAAUGAAAUAGAAGGGAGUAAGUAAAUUAUAAAAUCUCUUGAUCUCCGUCUUAAAAAAUAUAAAAUGAAACCAGUGAUGGAACAGUAGCUCUGUAAAAUCUAACAAUAUUUUUAAUGAGAUAUAAAAGAAGCUGUUAGGAUAGUUAUCCAUCAGUGUUUCUCCAGACAGUGUAAUGAAUGUACAUUGUUCUUAGUUUUCCACAUAUUUUGAAGAAAGGAUCCAGGUAUAGUUCAAGGUUUUGUCAUUUUUGACUAUUUUCAAUAAAUGCUCGGUAGCUGGGGCAAGUCAACAACAGAAUCAAAGUCUGUGCAAAUCUAAAAUAUAUGUUAACAUAAUAUAUGACUUCUGACUGGUAUGUCUUGACAAAGCGAGAUGAAGUAGAUUGUGAGUUGUCCUCCACCCUUUGAAGAGAUGGUACUUUUUUCAAUUGGUUUUAAAGACGAGGCUCCAGCGGUUGUGUGUUGUCGCAUAAGAGCAGUGAAGGGCAACACUGAGAAUCAGAACAAGAUUGUUGAAAAAUCCCUAAAACACUGCAGUCCUUUAGAAUCACAGAAGGAAUGUGGGACAUGCAGUUAACCACAGGUUUGAUUAAGUCUUCCUUUGGGGGCUUCCUAUGUGAUAAGAGGUCUGUUCUACAUGUUUUUCUUCAGACAAGGAUGAUGAUGAACUGACAUGUUAUCCACUUAAUAUCAAAGAAGCAGUCAAACCAGCAAUAUCAUUUUUUUAUGAAUUAUUUGCUCUAACCACUUGAAUAUAUAUCACUAUAUUAUAGAGAUGUCUUUCUUCAUGGAUCACAUUCAUAUAGUUCACCAUACAAUGGACACAAGUAGCAUAAGAAUGACACUUAAAUGAAGACAUGGCCUCAUCUAUAUGGGGUUUUCCAAACAAAAACUAUUAAAACAAAGUGUUCCCCCACUCCGCCUCAUAUAUGUUCAAUGUCUCCACAAGAAAGAAACUUUGAAGUAAAAUAUUUAAUAUAUUUUGAGAAUUAUUUUCUACUCCUGUUCUUGUGGUUAUGGAUUUUUCUCACACCUCAAAGUAUGAUUAUGUACAUAUUUUAAAUAGAGUAGCAAAUCUACAGGGCAACCUAAAAAAAACACUGUAUAGAAAUUGUAUUAGCUUGCACAUUUUGAAGGCUGUGAAGUUAGUUUUAUUUUUAAAACUUGCGUAAAAUGUAUAUAUUUUCUUGAUUUUUACCCUGGAACUAGGAUAUGUACAGGACAACAAAUCUUGUAACAAUUCACUGAAUUUACAGUCGUUUUAACUGUAACUUGUGUGUACAGCAGAGUUGUAGAUAUAUCUAAUGAGAAUUUGUUUUUGGUUUUGUUCGGUAAUUCAACACACUAACACUGUGUAAAUGUGUGUUCACUCACCACGUUGGUCUCUACCUCUUGAGCUCAAUGACUUGGCUUUGUUGACCUCCACAUAAUCAGAUUGUAUAGGUGUGCAUAUAUAUAUAUAUAUAUAUAUAUAUAUAUAUAUAUAUAUAUAUAUAUAUAUAUAUAUAUAUAUAUAAAUAUAUAUGUGUGUGUAUGUAUGUAUAUAUCUAUGCACACCUAUAAAUUGUUAAAUUAUUGUUAAGAUGCUUAUAUUACAUCAUUAUCAAUGUGGAGGGGAUUAUUCUGUCCUGCUGUCUUUAAUUAUCACCAUUUUGUUUAAUUUUUAUUUUUAAUUUACAAAAGAUUCUACUUUGUUUGGGCUCUUCUUAUAUUUAUUUCAAUGGCUCUGCAAUUUCUCUGUUGAUUUAAGACUAACCCAGCUAUUAAAAAAGGAGAGUUGGUGCAUAUUAUUUGCACAUCAGAUAUAGUGUUCAUUUGUUAAUUCACUGUUUAUUGUGUUUAUUCACGUGUAGGUUAUUGUUAAUACAGGCCUGUAAGUACAAUAAAAGCUUAUCUGCUUAUUA